AUGGGCAAAGAAUUCAGUAAUGAGAUGUUCUCGUUGAACAUCUUCGAAAGGGCGGUGCAGGAUCCAUGUUGCGACGGCUGCGACCACGAGGACGGGCGCUGCUACGAGAGAAGCGAGCACGGCGACGGGGACGAGGAACACGACCCUCUCGAGGAGCGGAGCGGGGGCGGCGGCACCAAGUGUGUUCGAAAUGCGCUGGUGCGCCACCAGUCGUCGCCCGCCAUGCAGACGUCGCAGCCGGCGAGGCGGCGGGCGAAUAGCGCCACGUUGAUCCGGCAGAUAUCGCGGCAGUCGACGCUGGACGUGGUAGCGCCAGCGGGGAUGUCGAUCGAGGAGGGCCAGCCGAUGGAGUUCGUACCACAGCGGCAGCAGCAGCAGCAGCAGCAAACUCCGUCGCCGACUCCCACGCAGCAGCAAACUCCGUCGCCGACUCCCACGCUGCAGCGCACGCGGUCGUCGUGCGCUUGUAUUCCAACUCAUCUGUAUGGACUUGAAAAAUACGUUUCGUCGGUCUUGGACGCGCUGUCGACGGGCGACUAUCAGGAUGUGCCGGAGUCCCUGACGGCUGCGGAGUCUGCGGUUUCGUCUCCGCUGUCAAGCCAAUCGUCGUCUUUCUCGAAGCCGCAGUGCGACUCGAGGAAGAAAUCGUUCAUCGAAACGUCACUGGCCAAGUCAUUUUCACAAUAG